AGGAUGUUUCUCCACCUCUUCUCCUCUUCUACCUCAUUGUCCUCUCUGCUUCUUUUCAACUAAGUCACAAGCAGGCAACAUGGCUGAGUCCUUUGUUGGCACAUGGAACCUUAAGGAAAGCAAGAAUUUUGAUGAGUAUAUGAAAGCACUUGGUGUGGGCUUUGCCACGCGGCAAGUUGGUAGCAUGACCAAGCCCACAACCAUCAUCGAAAUGGAUGGAGACACCUUAACGCUGAAGACACAAAGCACAUUCAAGAACACCGAGAUCAACUUUAAACUCGGGGUGGAGUUUGACGAGACCACUGCAGAUGAUCGUAAAGUAAAGUCCUUGAUCACACUAGACGGUGGCAAGCUGGUUCACGUGCAGAAAUGGGACGGCAAAGAGACGACUUUAGUGAGAGAGGUCAGCGGCAAUGCCCUCACAUUGACACUGACACUGGGUGACGUGGUUUGCACACGCUCAUACGUGAAAGCAGAAUAGACGAAGGGAUGACAGAAGCAGAAGACGACCUGCAUGCCUCACCAACCACCCUCCUGAACACUCGCUUUUGUUCAGCUGAAAAUGUGUGUCCCAGUUGCCCUGUAUAUGUUCAUGUCCAAAAUAUACACUAUACGGUUAAGUUGUAAUAAAAUGACGAUUUUUACAUCCAA